AUGUCCACAGGAGUCAGGACGAGACGACCAUGGGUUCGCGGUUCACUUCUUACCAAUGCCAAUGGCAGUGACAAUGUCAAUAUCGAUACCAACGACUAUUCACUUCUCCAGGUCCUCAGCAUCAACCUGAGCAUCCCCACGAGACCCUGCUGCUUCUGUGAGAGCUUAGCUUCGAGAUGUUCUGUUGCCGAGGAGGCGUCGGUCAAGGACGGACCCAACAACAGUCUGGUUUGUCAGCAACAAGAGGAUCGAACAACACUAAAAAGCGGGUCAUCAUCCUGUCUCAAGCUCACCAUCUCGAGACUGCCCGAUUCUGCCAGCGUUUAUGAGGUGGUCAUGCUUCUUCUCAUGUCACCAGAGCCGCAUACAACGGCUUUAAUCAAAUGUUCCCAUGCGGCCUUCUGCGCUCUGACAUCCAUCUCGCAUAACGGAUUUCUGCCAGAUUACUUGGUCUUGCCAAACUUGGCCGAGGCCGGAAUCACCAGAAACCAGGGUGAGAACUCCUAG